AUGAAAAACGUCAGUAUAAUUACUGAAUUUGUCCUUCUGGGAUUGUCUAGUGAUCCCCAGAUCCAGACUAUGCUCUUUGUGCUGUCUGGGAUUUACCUUCUGACUUUGAUGGGAAAUCUGGUGAUGAUCCUGGUGAUCAGGGUUGAUUCUCAUCUCCACACACCCAUGUACUUCUUCCUCGGACACUUAUCCUUCCUGGAUCUCAGUUUCUCCUCAGUCACUGUGCCCAAAAUGCUACAGAACUUCUUAUCUCUGAAGAAAAGCAUCUCGGUGUGGGGUUGCAUCACUCAGAGUUUCUUUUUCACUCUCUCUGGAGGAACAGAAGCUUGUCUGCUCUCUGCCAUGGCCUAUGACCGCUAUGCUGCCAUCUGCUACCCUCUGGUCUACACCAUGGUCAUAAACAGGCCUCUCUGUAUUGUGACUGUGAGCAUAGCUUGGACAGUGGGAUUUCUGAUUUCCUUGAUGAAUAUUCUUUUCAUCUACAAGUUACAUUUCUGUGGGUCCAACAUUAUCCCCCAUUUCAGCUGUGAGCUACCUCCGCUCUUUCCUCUGUCCUGUACAGAUCCCAUUGUCAAUGAGAUUCUUCUAGCAGUGUCAUGUGCGUUUCUGGGACUGCUGACACUUCCCCUGAUCCUCUUCUCUUACUCCAGAAUCAUUUCUGCCAUUCUGAACAUCCGCUCCUCUGAGGGCCAAGCCAAAGCCUUCUCCACCUGCUCCUCCCACCUCACCGUGGUACUCUUGUUCUAUGGGACAGCUCUAUUCAGGUACAUCAGCCCUGCCUCAGGCUCGGUGUUGGAGCGAGUGGUCUCCAUUCAGUACAGUGUGAUCACAUCUUUGGUGAAUCCCCUCAUCUACAGUCUCAAGAACCAAGAGGUGAAGGCAGCUCUGCAGAGGAUGCUAAAGCAACAAAAGUGUGCCCUGGGGUAG